GUUUUUGCUGCCCUGCCCAUGCCCCGCAAGCCCAAAGAUGUUCACAGCCAGGGUCCCCCCCGAACCCACCGACCCCCGAGGAAUUUCCCGGCCCCCAGGACGAACUAACCCCCAGGGCCCAGACCCACGGGUUUUUUUUGCCCAACCCAGCCUCGGAAAUGCUAAUUGGCCCCCUUUUUGGGAGGGCAACUGUCCCCCCUGAUUCUGGGACUGGGUGGGGGACCCCAGCUGGCCCCCAUGCCAGGCCACAGAUGCAGAUGCAGAUGGGAGCCAACAGAAAUUCCCGGUGUUUUUGGCCUCUUCCCCCCCCUGAAAAGGCCCAACCAACCCCCCGCCCUUCCACUGUCCCCGCCCGAAUGAAGAAAUUUGCCAGCCCGCCUUUGAUGUUGCCUAAACCAACCUUUUCCCUUGUCGACCAUCCAAAACCUGCCCACUCCAAACCAAUCCCCUGCAAGCACUUGAUGGCAACCCCCGGUCCCCUCCCUCAUCCCAGUCCCCCUGGGCCCGUUUCAAACCCCCGUGAUUUGUGCUUGCCCUCCGUUCCCACCCCUGACCAGCGACCGUGA